AUGUGUAUUGGAGAUCACAAUUAUAGACUAACAAAUCUUGAAGAUUAUAAUGAAGACUUAGAAUUAUUUGAAAUAAGAAAGGAUGAAAUGGAACUGUGUAAAGUCAUAAGAGAAGAUCGAUUGUUAAAACGUAAUAUUAAUAUAGAGCAAGAAUUAACAGAUUUAAUGUACAAAGCUGCUCUUUCAUCUUUCGAUAUUUCUAUUGAUGAAAUUGCGAACUACAUAAACUCGUCAGACGAAACAUUACAAUUAGUGGGAAUACAGGCUUAUAGAAAAUUAAGUCAAGAAAGAAAUUCUAUAAAUGAUAUGAUAAAAGAUGGCAUCGUGUUACGCUGUAUUGAGCUUUUAGAUAGCGACAACACCUCCUUGCAAUUUGAAGUAAUAUUCUUAUUAAAUAUCAUAACUUUGAGUACAUCCAAAGAAUGUUCUACAUCACAGAAUGUUAUAAAGCAAUGUUAUGAAGCAAUACCGAAAUUAGUGGAGCUACUUAGGUAUACAUCUUCAAUAGUUGCAGAACAAAUAGUGUAUCUCUUAGGAAAUAUAAUUAAUGAUAAACCGUUUGCACGUGACGUUGCUAUUGUAUCUGAUGCUAUACCUCUUUUAAUUGAUUUAAUUAAACCUGACAUUUCGAUGACAUUUAUGGACAGCAUCUCAUGGCUUUUAUCUGAUUUAUGUCAAAGGGAUUUACCUCUAAAUAUUGAUUUGAUUGAACUCGUUCUACCAGUUUUGGAUCAUCUGUUUAAUAAUGAAAAUGACUACAUAAUCUCUGAUACCUGCAGGAUACUUUAUUACUUUACUGAUGGAGCCGACGAUAAUAUACAAGCGAUAAUUGAAACUGGCUUUCUACCGAAAAUUUUAGAGUGUUUGAUAUCGAAUAAAGAAAAUAUCUAUAUUCCAGCAUUGCUCACGAUAAGAAAUAUAGUGGAAAUUGAUGAUUAUCAAAACGAUGCUGUCAUCUUUGCGGGAGGAUUGUCGCGUCUUCGUACCAUGUUAUGGUAUUAUGGUGACAAGGAACAUAUUAUUGCAAAAGAGACUAUUUGGAUAAUUUGUAAAUUGGCAGGCAACACGGAUCAAAUUCAAAGUUUAAUAAAUGCUGAUUUGUUACCAAUAUUGAUAAACGAAAUUGUAUAUGGAGAAGCACAAGACAUGGCCGCAUUGGCUGUAACUACUGUGAUGGCGAGAGCAACAGUUCAACAGUUUACACAGUUUGUGAAUGCUGGUGUAUUGCUAGCUCUUUGUAAUUUACUUCAAUCAAACAAUUGUAAUAUUAUUAUUAAUACUUUAACUGGUUUGACUAAAAUCUUGGGUGCUGCAGAGAAAAUGGGACAACUAGAAAGUCUUACAAUUUUGAUAAAAAAAAAUGGAGGAUUGAAUAAAAUAGAAGAUCUUCAAUACGACAAGAAUGACCGAUUAAGUAUAUCCAAAGAAGAUGAUCAAUUGUUGGAAUGUAAUAUUAAGACAGAACAAGAACGGCCAAAUUUAUCGAUCGAAGUUAUUCGAUCCAGUUCUGUUCUUUCUGUAGACGAAGGUGUACAUGAAGUUAUACAAGACAAUUCCAAACAAAUAGAUUCAUUAGACGAAUUACAGUUACAUGUACUUCAGAUUUAUAAUCAAUUUUUAUUUAGUUCAGAAAUAAGUCCUGCUAUAAAUUAUAUCUUAGACAAUGAGGUAUUACCACUGUGUAUUAAGCACUUAGAUAGCGACAAUUUUCUCCUGCAAUUUGAAGUAAUGUCUCUAUUAACUUCUAUAAUUUUGAGUACAUCUAUGGAAACGCGAUAUAUUAUAAAACAUGAAAUAAUACCAAAAAUAGUGAAGUUACUUAAGUCUACAUCGUUUGUUGUUGUGAGUCAAGCAGUGCGUGCUUUAGGAACUACAAUCGAAGCUAAUAUUUGCAAGGUAUUCUAUUACCUUACCACUACUUCCAACGAUAAUACGAUACGAGCAGUAUUGGAAACUGGCAUUCUACCGAAGAUUGUAGAAUGCCUGACGUCACAGGAGGAAAGUAUCUUUUAUCUAGCGUUGCACACAGUUGGAAAUAUAGUAAAAAUAGUUAAGGUUACUGAAUCGGAUGCAUCAAUUUUAGCGGCAGGAUUGCCGCAAUUUUGUGCCUUGUUGCGAAAUUAUCCUGCCAAUGAGUUUAUUGAAGAGGAAAUUGUUUCGAUAAUCAUUAAGAUCAUUAAUAACACGGAACAAAUCCAAAAUGUGUUAAAUGCUGGUCUGUUAUCACCAUUGAUGGAAAUAUUUAAGUUUUACAUGAUGAUAACUACUUACAAAAAGACUUAG